AUGUGGGGUUCAUUUUUUUCUGGUGGAAAAGAUCCAUUAAAGGAACUUGGAUAUGAAGUUCUUUCUGAUAGUCAACAAGCAUCAAGUAAUCCACGUUCAAUUUGGACAAUAUUAAAUGGAAAGAAAAAAGCGACAGGAGAUUUAGUAACAAUUUUCUCCUGUCAAACCGAUGCUCAUAUCAAUUUAGCUAAAGGUGCAUUGAAGCGUAUGAAAACAUUAAGACAUCCAAAUAUUCUCACUUAUCUUGAUGGUGUCGAAUCAGAUAAAGCUGUUUAUGUAGUAACUGAAAAAGCAGUAACAGUUGAAACAUAUGUAAAUGAAUUAAAAUCCAAUAAUAAUAAUGCAACAACUUUCAAUGCUGAAGACUUACUUGAAAUCGCUUGGGGUCUACAACAGUUAUGCCGUGUAUUAAUCUUUCUUCAUGACGAUUGUAAAUUAUCACAUGGAAAUAUUAAUACAAGUACAAUAUUCGUUGAUGCUAAAUCGUGUGAUUGGAAAUUAGGAUGUUUGGAAUUUGUCCAAUCAAUUAGUGAAGAUCAACUUAAUCUUCCAUCAAGAUUUUUACCUAGUUGUCAACGUUAUGAACCGCCUGCUGGACCAUCGAAAAAAGGAACAAAUAGUCAAAAAGCGCGUGAUAUUUGGUUUGUUGGAACUCUGAUAUGGGAAAUAUUCAAUGGUAAUGGUGCUACAUCCGCUACAUCCUAUCGUCAGUUAGGUUCAAUACCACGGCCAUUAUCGGCUGCUUAUGGUGAAUUAAUAAACACUAAUCCAUCGCUUCGGUCGUCUUUCGAUAAAUUAAUUCAAUCUCCUUAUAUUGAGAAUAAUUCUCUGGUUGAAUGUCUUCUCUUUCUUGAACAAAUUCAGUUAAAAGAUCCGGGAGAGAAGCAAACAUUUUUUAAUUCAUUACCAGAUAAAGUCGACCAAUUUCCUUCACACAUUAAUGAGCGUAAAUUAUUACCAUUGCUAUUUAAUGCAUAUGAAUUUGGCUCAUCGGGUUCAGCUGUUUUACCAACAUUAUUCAAAUUAGGAAAACGAUUGUCGGAUAGUGACUAUAAAAAACGUAUUGUUCCUAUUAUAACCAAAUUGUUUGCUUCAACAGAUCGCAUGACACGAUUUCGUCUUUUACAACAGUUAGAUAUUUAUGUCGAACAUUUGACACCGGCUGUUGUGAAUGAUGAUAUAUUUACACAUAUCUGUACUGGUUUUACGGAUCAAGAACCAGCUAUUCGAGAAGCAACUGUGAAAGCUAUGCUGUAUUUAGCAUCGAAAUUAAACUAUAAAAACCUUAAUGUAGAAUUAAUGAAACAUUUUUCACGUUUGCAAACAAGUGACGAUCAAGGUGUGAUACGUACAAAUACAAUUGUAUGUCUUGGAAAAAUAGCCGCUCAUCUUAAUCCAAGUUUACGCGGUCGUCUACUUAUAUCGGCAUUUGGUCGUGGUACACAAGAUCCAUUUGGACCAUCUCGACAAGCGUCUAUCUAUGCUCUUUAUCAUUCAGAACGGUUUUUUACACUGAAAGACAUAGCAACGAAAAUUCUACCUAUAGUUUGCCAUGCAACAAUUGAUCCUGAACUUGAUGUUCGACAGCAAGCUUUUAAAACAAUCAACUUAUUUAUUAAAAAAUUAGAAACUGUUUCAGAAAAACCAGAAUUAGCAAUUGAAAUGGAAAAAGAUGUUAAUUCCAGUAAUGUCACUGGAAUAGCAAAUGAAACAUCAUGGACAUCAUGGGCGUUAACAUCGCUUUCGAGUAAUAUUGGUAAAUUAACAACAAAACCGCAACAACCAUCAGUCAACUUGACAUUAGCAAAAAGCGAUUCACAAAGUGCUCUAGCUAAUGCAUCAACAAGUACAACAACAACAACAACAGUGAAAAGUGAGGCAAGCAAUGCACAAGCAUCAGUUAAAACUCAAGCAGCACCAAAACUGCAAACGAAAUCAGACAAACAAGAUCAACAGGUUCAACAGUCCUCAACAUUAGCUUCGUACUUUAAUAAAACAAAUGAUAAUGAUGAUGAAGACGAUGCAACACCAUGGGGUGAAAUCAAAUCAAAUGAUUGGGGUGAUACGUUAGAUAUUGAAGAAGAUAAAUGGGAAGAUUUUUCUGCGUCAGCAUCAUCUCAACAAGCAAAAACGACUACAACUAUGACGACAGCAACGAAAUCUUCUGCUGUAUCAAAUCCAACUACUUGGGUACAAGAUAAGCCGGCAACUCAAGCAAAGAAUGAUUGGGAUACGGAUGCUUUUUUUAAUGAUGUGCUUACAACUACAACGAAACCGAGGCUGAAAACAUCUCGACAUUAA